AUCAGUGGUGAGGAGGGCAGAUACUUCCGCUGGGAUUGCCCAAUCGCAGCCGUAGGACAGUUUCUAUAAAAGCUUGAGCCUCAUUAGCCACCAUCCUUUUGGGAUCACGUACGAGGUCGAGGAGGUUAUUCUUUGUGGUCCUUUGCGCCACGGUCGAGGGAGGAACCGGCCCUGGAAGGGGCUGGGAAGGUGGCCCAAACUCGCCGGCCGACCUAGCCCCAGGGUCCAGCCUUCGCCUGAACCCCACCUUAGUCCUCAGCGUUUCACACGUUUCUGCCUGAACCUCCAGAUCUGCUUCUCCCAAUAGGACCGUCGGUGACCGGGCUGGAGACCUUGAGGUAAAUCAGCAUCAGUCUAGGCACUCUGGUGCCCUCACUCGGAUCCCUGGAUUCAAGGUUGCUCAACAUGGCAAGAUCCCCUUCUAAGCCAGAAGAAACACCUCUGAAAUGUAUCCUUAAGAACUGAAACCUUUUAAAAUUACAAGGGUGAGUCAAAAAUUAUUCGCACUCUGGUUAUAUUAAAACUUCUGUUGGCCGCACUGUCUUAACAGUGCUUUCUGUUCAAAGCUAUUAUCUCCCUAGUCACUGCUGUGCAGGUGUGAACGUGUUACAUCAGUUCAUUUGUAACUGCUGGUGUGAGCAAAAAUGGACGCCCCACUUGUGAUUUGCAAGAAAGAAGAUCAGCGUGCAGUGAUUCGUUUUUUGUGGUCUGAGGGUGUACCUGGUGCCGUUAUUUAUCGAAGACUUUGUGCACAGUAUGGAAAAAGUGUUUUGUCGCGAAGAAGUGUGUAUGAAUGGAUAGAGAAGUUCAAGGAAGGUCGCACAAGUGUUAGCCAUCAAGAAGGAGCUGGACGCCCAUCCACAUCCACAGCUGAUGACAACAUUGAGCGUACACGUGAAAUGAUUCUGUCGAAUAGACAAGUGACAGUGGAUUACGUGGCAAAUCAUUUGCAAAUUAGCCAUGGUUCUGCCUAUGAAAUAAUCCAUGACAGACUUAGGUUUCGAAAAGUUUGUACAAAAUGGGUACCGAAACAACUCACAGAAGAGCAUAAAUAGAAGCGUUUGGAUACCUACAAACCAAAUUUGGUCCAAUAAUCUAAGGAAGGUAAAAGUUUCUUAAAGAGAAUCAUUACUGCUGACAAGACAUAGAUUCAUCACCAUGAGCCUGAGAGUAAAUGGCAGAGUGUGGAAUGGAAACAUUCUCAAUCACUGACCAAGAAAAAGUUCAAAAGUCAACCAUCAGCUGGAAAAUUGAUGCUUACUGUUUUCUGGGGUUCUCAAGGGCCAGUAUUGGAACAUCAUCAGGAAAAAGGUUCAGCAGUCAACUGUUUUGUUACAGUGAGAUGCUUAUUAAAGAGCUGAAGCCUAAACUUGGAUUAAACGCAGGGGACUGCUAUCCAAGGGGAAUAUGAUCUUGCAUGACAAUACACUUCUGCCCACACUGUCCACACUCUGCAACAACGUCUGUUUUGAGGUGUUAAAGCGUCCUCCCUAUAGUCCUGAUCUUGCUCCAUCGGACUUUCACCUGUUUGGUCUCCUGAAAGCAGCCCUACGAGGAGAAAGAUUCACUUCUUCAUCAGAAGUGAAUCCAGUGCAUUCAUGGCUUGCAGCUCAGCCUAAAACAUUUUUUAAUGAGGGAAUAUGAAAGCUUGUUGACAGAUGGACAAAGUAUAUGGAAAAGUGAGGAGAUUAUGUCAAAAUGACGUAUUCAUCUUUUCUAAAAGUUAAAUUCUACAGGGACUUCCCUGGUGGUGCAGUUGUUAAGAACCUGCCUGCCAGUGCAGGAGACAUGGGUUCAAUCUCUGGUGUGGGACGAUAUCGCAUGUGGUGGAGCAGCUGAGCCUGUGUGCCACAGCUACUGAGCCCUUGUGCUGCAGCUACUGAAGUCUGUGCCCUACAGCUUGUGCUCCCCAACAAGAGAAGCCACUGCAUUGAGUAGCCCCUGCUCACCACAACUAGACAAAAAAACUGGUGUGCAGUAACAAAGACCCAACACAACCAAAAAUGAUUUUCAGUGAAGAAAAUAAUUCUGAGCAAAUUCCAUGAAGUUAAAAAACAAUAAAAUAAAAUAAAUUCUACAGCCAGAGUGCAGAUAAUUUUUGACUCACCCUCGUAGACAGGCUAAGAAAAAACAAAAUUGAGCCUUAAUGUAAUGCUCUCUGGCCUUUAUAUGAGUUGGGGGAUGGAGAGAAGUGACCUGAAAAUGGGCUCUCAAUUAUACCAUCUUGCAGUUAGAUUUUGCAGCAGGUUGGGAAAAUGGACUGAGGUUUCCUAUGUCCAGAGCUUCAUGGCUCUUUACCAGAAUCCCACUCUGCAGCUCCUGUAAUCAGAGACCUGGGGAAUCAGAACAAGUACCCCUAUUCCGGAUUCCCAUGGCCAAUCCCAAACACUUCCUCCAUGUUCCCUUCUGUACCCAAUGAUGCCCCAGGUUGAAAAUGCUGGUCCUGCUGGGGUAACCCGUAGUGGAACUUCCUACCAGCCAGGAUCAGGGAAGGUGUGCCCACUUAGGGAGGUGGCAAAUGGCACCUUCCUAACCAAUUUAGCCCAAUGCAAAUAAAGCCGGGGGCAAUUUUAUGAAGACCCUAGUAGGUUCAUGGAGGAUUUAAAGCCAUAACCCUGGCCCUUGGUUUAAUAAGGCUGUCCAAAUGAUCUUACCUACCUGCUGAACCCUUGAGAAGCAAAGGAUUUGGGCAGCAGCACAGGGGUAUGCUGACCAGUUAGCCAGGGGCCAACUCAACAUUUAUGUUGUGAGUGGGGACACAGUGCCAAAUCAGGAGCCCAAAUGGGAUUCUAAUCGCCUGGGGAUGAGGGGAGGGCCAGGAAUCAUAAGGUCCAAUGCCUGUUAGAAGGAAUGAGAAAGUGCAUUUGGAAGCCAGUCAACUAUGAAAAGGUUAAGGAAGUGAUGCAAAAGGAAGAGAAAACACUAUUCUCUUUUAGGGACAACUUGUGGAGGCUUUUUAGAAAAUUUACUACAUAGACUUCUCUGCUUCCAAGGGUCAAUCCCUGCUGGGACAACACUGUGACCAGCCAGUCUGCCCCUGAUAUUAGGUACAAACUCCAAAAGUUACAGUUAGGCCCACAAAUCCCUAUGCCACAGUUCCUAGAGGUGGCCUUUGGAAUAUUUAAUAAUUGAGAUCAAUCUGAGGAAAAGAACUCAACGUGAGAAAAAGCAGGCCAAGGCUCAGGCUAAACUGAUAGCUGCUACUGUCAGCCACAUCAGGACAACCCAAAGCGGGUGAGAAAGUUCAGCGGGGAAUGCUUCAAGUGCAAGUCAGCUGGGCCUGUGAAUACCAGAGGGAGCCCUUUGGCCAUGCCCCAUCUGCAAACAGCAGUCAUUGGAGAUGGGACUGCCUUCAGUCCGCAAGGGUGGGGGCCUCUGCUCCUGAGACGGCCAUGCUGGAAGACAGGCAGCCCAGGGAUUCUGGGGGCUGCCCCCUACACACAAGAUGUCCAGCUCCAUCAAGGAGCCCCUGGUGGCAGGUAAGAUCAGUUUUUUUAAUUGAUACUGGAGCCACAGGAGAAACCGUGUCCUGGUUUCUCAUGCUGGGCCUCUCCUGUAAAAGCUGCACAAUGACUGGUGUUGGUGGAAAGUCUUUCAACCGUUACUUCACUGGGCCUCUCUCUUGCCAGUUUGAAUGGUGUUGGGUCUCACAUGUGUUUCUAGUUGGGCCUGGUGUCCUACCCCACUACUGGGGAAAGACCUGGGCUCCCUCAGGGCCAUAUGACAGUUUAGGAGGCCCCAAGCAGCCCCUUAUCUUGACCCUGGCUAAGGCAGAUCAACAAGAGGAGCGAGGACCUGUUGCCAACCUUAUUCCAUCUACAAGCAGUGAACCCUGCGGCAAACGGGACAAAGGAGUCCCUGGGAGGGCCAUAAAUGCCCAACCUGCAGAAACUAGCCUUAAGCCAGAAGCUGCUUACCCGAACAAGAGACAGUACCUUGUAAGGUUAGAGGCAAAAAAAGGGUUACAGCUCCUCAGAGAAAUUCUUAAAACAUGGCUUCUUGGGUGCCCUGUCCGACUCAAUGCAAUACCCCUAUUCUGUCUCGGAAACCAGAUGGGGGCUAUAGGGUGGUGCCAGACCUCAGCAGUGAAAGAGGCAGUGGUCCCUAUACGCCCCCUUGUGGCCAUUCCUUAUAACGUAGUAGCCCAGGUUCCUGAAAAUGGCUAAAUGAUUUGCUGUGCUCAACUCCAAAGAUGCUUUCUUUUACAUCCCAGUUCAUCCCUCCUCACAAUAUAUAUUUGCCUUUCGGUGGACUAACCCCCACUCAGGCCAGAUGCAAUAGUACACCUGGACAACACUGCCUGCCACGGGUUUGGGGACAGCCCACAGUUGUUUGCCUGGGAAAGGAACUAAGGAGAAUACACCUAAAAGAAAAGGCUGUUCUCCGGUAUGUAGGUGAUAUAGUAAUAUGUAGCCCCACCAUGGAGGCUCAGGUGAGAACAUCAUUGGAGUUCUUAAUUUCCUUGGGGCCCUGGGUUACAGGGUCUCCCAGAAAAAAAGCACAAAUCUCAAAUCAACAAAUUAAAUACAUGGGAUACACUAUAAACCCUGGAGGUAGACUGCUGUCGCAAGAUAUAAACAGGCUAUGUUAGGCCUAGCGCCCCAAAGACAUUUCUUUGUACCUUUUUACAAAGGUAGAAAGGUAAGGUUUUGCAGACUCUGGAUCCCAGAAUUAUGGGCUAUUGUUGAAGCCCCUAUAUGAAGCCACUAAAAGUCCAGAUACAGAAACAUUACUUUGGGCUAGGGAACAGGAAAAGGCUUUUACUACCCAACAGGCCCUCACUAAAGCUCCUGCUCUGGGUCUCCUCAAUUUUAAAAAAGCUGUUCAUUUUGUAUAUAGCUGUAAAGCAGGGGACAGCUCUGGGGGUCCUAAUGCAGGAGCUAGUGGAAGUUCCUCAGGCAAUAGGCUAUUUUUCCAAACUAGCUUAUGUGGCCUGAGGUUGGCCUGGCACUUUUUUAGUGGAAGAAGCUUACAAGUUUACCUUUGGACAAUCACUGGAAAUCCAGACAUGCCCCACCCCCCACAUCAAGUACAAAGGAUUCUGGGGAUCAAAGACCACCACUGGCUAACGGGAGGCGACCUCGCUAAGUACCAGGCUUUGCUUCUUGACCCCCCAGUGGUUACCCUCAAAAAUCCCAGCACUGAGAAAAGUGAACCCUUUUAUACUUGGUGGGAAUGUAAAUUGGUGCAGCCACUAUGGAAAACUGGAGGUUCCUCAACCUAGAAGUUGCCAUAGGAUCCAGGAUUCCCACUCCUGGGCAUAUACCCAGACAAAAGAUAUGUGCACCCCAAUGUUCACUAUUUACAAUAGCGAAGACAAGGAAACAAUCUACAUGUCCAUCAAUAGAAGUGGAUAAAGAUGUACACGGUGGAAUACUAAGCCAUUAAGAAUGAAAUAUCGCCAUUUGCAGCAACAUGGAUGAACCUAGAAAUACUAAGCGAAGUCAGACAUGCCAUAUGUUUUCAGUUAUAUGGAAUCUAAAAUACAACACAAAGGUACAUAUCUGUGAAACAAAAACAGACUUGUUGCUUGGGGGAGGGAAGGACUAGGAGUUUGGGGUUAGAUGCAAACUAGUAUAGAAUGGAUGAACAACAGAGUCCUAUUGUAUAGCACAGGGAACUAUUUGGUAUCUUGUAAUAAACCACAAUGGAAAAGAUGAAGUAUGUAUAACUGAGUCGCUUUGCUGUACACCAGAAACUUAACAUUGUAAAUCAACUAUAUGUCAAUAAAAUUAAAAACUUGCCACACCUUCAACCCAGCUACACUGAUGCCUGCUGAAAUCCCAAAAGUAAUACAUUCCUACCUUGAUAAGGUUUAUGCCUGUAGGCUUGAUAUGACAGGUCGACAGACAAUCCUGAGGAAGAAUGGUUUAUUGGUGGCAGUUUCAUUAAGGACAAGCUCAGGGCAGAGUAUCAUAGAGGCAAAAACUUUACUGCCCAACACUUCAGCACAGAAGGCUGAACUCUAACCUGAGCCUUAACACUAGGGAAAGGAAAAAGGUAAACAUAGACUGAAUAUGCCUGCUUUGUUCUAAAUUCCCGGGAAGCUGUAUGGAAAGAGGACUUGAAUGAAAAAUACCCCUGUGUGGGGCUAAGGUCUCACACAGGCAGCUCAGAAGUCAUUCACUGCGAUGGACACCAAAAGGGAAUCUCCCAGGUUACCCAAGGAAGUAACGGCAGAUGGAGAAGCAGAGAAAGCAGUCCUGGUAAAACAGAAAUGGCAUUAAUCCAAUCCAUUAUCCUUUCUAACAUACUGAGACACUCCUGAGGAAACCUGGGCAUGAGAAAAAGGGCAAACUAACGGGAUAGAAGCCUUGUGACACAUCAAAAAUUGCUCUGACCAGCGGGAAAGUUAAGGGCUACAUGAUUUUCUCCAUCCAGGGAGGGAUACUAAGUCUACAGUGGUUUUCUGGCUUUGUAUAAGGAAAGGAAUCCCAGAUGAAAUCAAAGGGUUCCUUAAGCCUGCGCCACCUGUAAUCCAUGAGGCCAGCUCAAGCCUCACCCUUGUGUUAGUCCAGUCCAGCGACAUAGGACUUACCCAGGAAAGGACUGGCAGAUUUCACUUAGAUGCCCUCUUUCCAGAGCUUGAAAUACUAGUCUCUGUUCACUUUUACUAGAUGGGUAGAGGUCUUAAGUCCACUAGGACAGAAAAGGCAACUGGAGUGGCUAGAGCACAUCUGAAGGAAGUUAUCCCUAGGUUUGGGUUUACCUGCCACUUCCAGAGUGACGAUGGACCCUCAUAACAAAGGUUACCCAACAUCCCCUAGGAGAUAGGUACUACCUGCAUUUGUCCUGGAAACUCAGUCCUCAGGAAAGGUGGAACAGACCAUUCAUACCCUAAAGAAAACCUUAGGUAAGCUAUCAGGAAACACCAACCGUGGUGUCACCUGCUGCCAAUAGCUCCUUUAAGGGUUGGGGCAACCCCUAAAACAACUCGGUUGAGCCCCUUCGAAAUGACAUAGGGUAGGCUAUUCCUCACCCUGGACACAACAGGCUCAGAAACCAAAGCACAUCUUAAAUACAUUAUUCACCUGUAGCAGGUUCAGAGGGCUAUUCAGGAAUACGAAAACAGUUCAUCCCUCUCAGAUAACAGUCCCAGUUACUCCAUUGUAAACCCUGGGGACUGGGUGCUUUUAAAUACCUGGAAAAAAAUGUGUCCCCAGGCAACCAGCUACUCCCAAAGUAAAAGGGUCCUUCCCAAGCUUUGCUGAGCACCCCUAUGGCAAUUAAACUUCAGGAAGACAGUAGUUAGGUCCAUCUGUCUAGAAUUAAAUCUGCUUCCACUGAUAACAUUAUAGGGACCUGAAGACACAUCCAAGCUAUUUCUGUGAACCUGCCCAAGUCCCCAAAUUCCUCUUUGAGAAGGUGAUCCCAGAGCCAAGUGACAACUGCAUUGAUAAGUAAACUCUCACUUUGACACUAGUUUUUUCAGGGCUCUCUGAGUAACAAAGCAAGAUCAGUGACAGUAGGCUGGAACCCCAUAUUUGCUACUGGGCUUUAGUUUACUGCAGGAUUUCUUUUAAUGCUACUUGCCUUCCGGUUGCUUCUGAAAUUAGAACUUCUAUUAUGAACUUAUUAGUUGCCCUAACCUUUCUCUCCCUCCUUUGGGGAUUCAUGUCAGGGGAGUGGGGAUCCUACCCAAUAAUAAAUCUCUCAAGAAUUAUUGUUCAGGGAGAGAAUCUCUCUCUCCCUGGGUCUGCUGUCCCAGUCCUCAGAGUGAUGCCUAUAAGUUCAAAGAACUAACCUACAUACCCAAUAAUGAUGACCUUGAACUUACUCUGGCUGAGGGUCUUUUUUUUUUUUUUUAAAUUAUUUGGUUGCAGCCACUCUUAGUUGUGGUAGGCAGGCUCCUACCAGGGAUUGAAUCCCGGCCCCCUGCAUUAGGAGCGCAGAGUCUCAUCCACUGCACCGCCGGGGAAGUCCUUGGCUGAGGGUCUUGCUAGCCCUGAUCCCCUCAAAGUUUGCAUCCAGCCCUUGGCACAACUUUCCUGCCUGGGCCUGACCCUUUGCAUGAACGCAUCCAGUACACAAAGCUUCCCCCCCAUCAAAGCAUAUUUGUCUUCUACUCUGCCAUAAAGGUAACUUGCUGCCCAUGCCAGAAGCUUGGGACCAAAAUCUGUAAUGGACUGGCAGUUGACAUCACCGCCAUUACCUCUAAUUUUAACUGCAAAAGACCAAAUGGGCAGUGCCACCCAUUGGUGCCCCCAAGAUCAGCUGGCCGAUGGCUAUGUGUCUCCUGGACAGGCCUGAUGCUAAGCAUCUGACACAUCUUUUCCCCGCCUCUGAUACACAUUUUUUGCCUCUUCCGAAGCCUUCAAAAAGACUCAUACACCGUUAUUCAAUGGUGGGAUCCUCUCCUCAAACUGCACUGGAACCCCCUUUUGGGCAGACUCUACUGAAGUGGUUUAAUUCCACGACAGUACACCAGGCACGUGCCCCUCCCAGGCAUCUAUUCCUUUGUGGUCCAGCUAUAAACCAGCUGCCCUCUUCAAAAAACCCCAAUCCCUCUUUCCCUUUCCUGGAUUAGCUGUGCCUUUUCCUUGUAUAGGCAAUGCUCUGUUUACGGGACAGUGUACACUAAGCCAACUGAGUAACCAAACAAACCUAGGUAUUACCAUCUAUAACAUCAACCACACCCAGGGCAAAAAGGCAGUUGGCCUCCUUUCAGCAGGAAUUGGAGCUGCUGUUGGUUUGGUGGCCCCUUGGGGAGGCUUUGCUUGUCAGGAAGCAACGCUCGACAAUCUUUCAGAUGCCCUGUCUUCCGUGAGUGAAUCCACAGGGAACACACUAGACUCUCAUUGUCUCUGAGUUCCUUGGCUAAUAAAGUGAUGGGUAACAGACUGGUCUUGGACUUCCUAGCUGAACGAGGAGGAGUAUGUGCAGUUAUCAGUAAGACAUGCUGCACCUACAUCAGUAACACUGGGCUAGUAGAAGAGGACUCGAGAAAACAUGACCACACCAGAUGGCUUCAUUCCUUCAGGGGAUGUUACUGAGUAUGACCUGGUUCUUACCUCUGCUUGGGCUUCUAAUUGCCAUAAUCCUUUUACUGAUCUUUGGCCCCUGCCUUUUUAAUCUGCUUGUUAAGUUUAUUUCUUCCAGGUUGUAACAAUUCCACAUCAAGAUGAUGGUGGCAAUGCAGGGAUUCCAGCCAUUCCCUGACACAGAUCCUAACAGCAGAAGUCACCCUGGGGCCCCUGGACAAGGCAGGGUGAGAGUUCCGUGGCCCCAGUUAGGUAGGGUCCACAAGCCCAGUGCCAGCCUGAAGAAGCUACAGAAGAUAAACCUUCGCCCCUCAUCCUCCCUAUAAAGAUCUCUUAGGGUCCACGUCUCUCAGCAGAGAUUCGAGGUAAGAUAUAGGUGGGCCCCAGGCUGAGCAGCUGCAGCCAGUCUCCUGCUGACACUUCAAGAUAAAAUACUAGCAGGAGCUUCGGACCCUGAUUGGGUGGAAGACAAAGCGACCACAAUUCCCUCAUUCUUGUGGUCAAGGGGGUUGCCCAGCCCAACAUGUUUUGCAGUCUUCGUCUCUUUGUUGAAUUCUUUCCUCAAAAAAGACAAGAACCAAGGUCCUGCGCUUCCAGCCGUCUCAUGGCCAAAGUCAGUCUAUCUGAAGCGCUUAGCAAUAAAGUAAA